AUGAGAGAAAUUGUUCAUGUCCAGACUGGUCAAUGUGGCAAUCAAAUUGGAGCAAAAUUUUGGGAAGUUAUUUCUGAAGAACAUGGUAUUCAAACUGAUGGAUCAUUUAUAGGAAAUGACUCAGAUAAAUGUUUAGAUAGAAUUGAUGUUUAUUAUAAUGAAGCCAAUGGAGGAAAAUAUGUUCCACGUGCAAUUAUGGUUGAUUUAGAACCAGGAACAAUGGAUUCUAUAAGAGGCUCUUCAUAUGGACAACUCUUUAGACCAGAUAAUUUUAUUUUUGGACAGUCUGGAGCUGGAAACAAUUGGGCUAAAGGGCAUUAUACUGAAGGCGCUGAACUUGUCGAAAGUGUAAUGGAUGUUGUUAGAAAGGAAGCUGAAGGAUGUGACUGUCUUCAAGGAUUUCAAUUGACACAUUCUCUUGGAGGAGGUACUGGGUCAGGUAUGGGAACUCUUCUUAUUUCAAAAAUUCGUGAAGAAUUUCCUGACAGAAUUAUGUCAUCUUUUUCUGUUUUUCCAUCACCAAAAGUUUCUGAUACUGUUGUUGAGCCAUACAAUGCAACUUUGUCUGUCCAUCAACUUGUUGAAAACACUGAUGAAACAUUUUGUAUUGAUAAUGAAGCAUUAUACGAUAUUUGUUUCAGAACUCUUAAACUUGCUUCACCAACAUAUCAUGAUUUAAAUCAUCUUGUUUCUAUGACUAUGUCUGGUGUCACAACAUGCUUACGUUUUCCAGGACAGUUAAAUGCUGAUCUUAGAAAACUUGCAGUCAACAUGGUACCAUUUCCACGUCUUCAUUUUUUUAUGCCUGGAUUUGCUCCUCUUGCUUCUAGUGGUAUUUCAGCUUAUAAUGCACUCACAGUUCCAGAACUUACUCAACAAAUGUUUGAUGCAAAGAAUAUGAUGACUGCCUGUGAUCCAAGACAUGGACGGUAUCUUACUGUCGCUGCUAUGUUUAGAGGACAAAUGUCUAUGAGAGAAGUUGAUGAACAAAUGAUGUCAAUUCAAUUAAAGAAUGCUCCAUACUUUGUUGAAUGGGUACCUAACAAUGUUAAGACAGCUGUUUGUGAUAUUCCUCCAAAAGGAUUAAAAAUGUCAGCUACUUUUAUUGGAAAUACUACAGCUAUUCAAGAGAUUUUCAAACGAAUAUCUGAACAAUUCACUUCUAUGUUUAGACGUAAGGCAUUUCUACAUUGGUAUACUGGUGAAGGUAUGGAUGAGAUGGAAUUUACUGAAGCUGAAUCUAAUAUGAAUGAUCUUGUUGCCGAGUAUCAGCAAUAUCAAGAAGCUACUGCCGAUGAUUUUGAUGAUGCUGAAUAUAAUCAUGAGGAUGCUGAAGAGGAAUAA